AUGGAGGGGGUUCUUUCCGUGGUUCCUAACCACAGGCUGGAGCCUGCAACGACAAGUACCUGGAAGUUUCUUGACGUAGAAAGCUCAGAUUCGGAUGCCGCAAAUACUGGCGCUCUGUGGGAGCGAGCAAAUUAUGGUAGAGAUGUGAUCAUUGGAGUCAUCGACACAGGCAUUUGGCCAGAAUCCGAGAGCUUCCACGAUAGAGGACUCGGCCCAGUUCCUGCACGAUGGAAGGGAGAAUGUGUCGAAGGACAAUUGUGGACCUCUGAAAAUUGCAACAGGAAGCUGAUCGGACCUAAGUAUUUUUUUGCCGGAAACUCAGAAAUCACGAACGCCACCUUCGAUGACGGACUGGAAUAUCGGUCAGCACGGGACAUUAACGGGCAUGGCACACACGUCGCUGCAACUGCGGCAGGAUCUUUUGCUCCUGCGAGCUGGAAGGGGUUUGCGAAUGGCACGGCCAAAGGAGGGGCCCCUCAAGCAAGAAUUGCGGUGUACAAAGUGUGCUGGGACGUGGGUGGUUGUUCUACUGCAGAUAUCUCUGCAGCAAUAGAUGAGGCCAUCGCCGAUGGGGUCGAUAUCAUCAGCAUUUCCAUCAGUGGCUCCAAUGAUCAACCCUUCUAUCAGGACGCCGUGACCAUAUCGGCUUACCAAGCCAUGAAAGCCGGCAUUGUCGUCGCCUUCGCUGCAUCAAACGACGGCCCAACUGCCAAGACCGUCAACCACGUCGAGCCCUGGAGUGUCACCGUCGCUGCCACCACUCACGAUCGUUUCAUCGGCUCCGAUGUUUUCAUCAGACUCGCUGACGGUCCUCAACCUCGUCUCCGGCUCAGGGGCGCAACGCUUAACAGUAAUGCUACCACGACCGCUCCGUUGGUGCUGGCGAGUGAAGUUAAACUUGCAAACGCAAGUAUUCCCCUCGCCACGUCGUGCUUCGAGUCCUCGCUGGACCCGGAACAAGUGGCGGGGAAGAUCGUGUUCUGCUUGAAAUUCUCGCCUGUCGAGAGCAUUACUAGCAAAGCAGUGGAGGUUCUGAAUGCCGGAGGAGUUGGAAUGAUCGUCGGAAACGGAUGGUCGCUUGGAGACCACACCGUGGAGGCCGAGGAAUUCGUCCUCCCGGCGGUUUAUAUCACGGCAACCGACUCUCAGCGUGUGCAGGACUUCUUGACCAGAUGUGACCUGGACUCUUGUAAUUUCAGAAAUACAAGAGCCACCAUCUUCACGGGAAAGACAUGGUUGGGAGUGAGGCCAGCUCCGGUCGUUGCUGAAUUCUCAUCAACCGGUCCCAGCGGAGUAACCCAGGACAUACUUAAGCCCGACAUUGCUGCACCCGGAGUAAAAGUGCUGGCUGCAUGGAUAGAUGGUACUUACAACGCCAUCGAUGGAACUUCCAUGGCCACCCCGCACAUCUCAGGGGUGAUUGCUCUGAUUAAGUCCAUUCAUCCCAAAUGGAGUCCAGCUGCAAUCAAGUCCGCCAUCAUGACCACAGCUAUCACUGUCGACAACUCCAACCACAAAAUACAAAAUAUUCAGAACAAACCGGCGGGACCAUUUUCGACGGGAUCGGGGCUGGUGAAUCCGAAUGCUGCGGUCGACCCGGGGCUGGUGUACGAGGCGGGGCCACGGGAUUACACUCUGUUCCUGUGCGCGCUCAACUACACGGACCAAAUGGCGGAGGUGGUCACGGGUGAGCCCAAUUCGUGCAGCAGCCAGAAGUACUUCCCCUCGGCCAGCAGCCUCAACUAUCCGUCGGUCUCGAUCGGCGACCUCAAGAAAAUCACCACCGUCACCCGCAGAGUGACCAACGUGGGCGCAGCCAGAAGCAUCUACAAGGUCAGCAUCCAAGCUCCCAAGGGCGUCAGAGUGUCGAUCUCGCCCUCGCGUCUGUCGUUCAGCAAUGUCUACGAGACCAAAUCCUUCAACAUCCGACUGCAGCGGACGCUGAAGACGGACGCCGAUUCCGAGACGUACGUGUUCGGCAGCUACACGUGGUCCGAUGGCCGGCACAAGGUGAGAAGCCCCAUCGUCGUGGGCCAUCAACCACAAUAG